AUGGAUGUCUCCAACGCCUUCCUUCAUGGUCACCUCGAGGAGCAGGUCUUCUAUAAGCAGCCCACCGGGUUUGUUGACCCGACGCUUCCCGACCACCUUGGGUUCCGCUCUACCCGCUCGGACGCCUCGCUCGUCGUCUAUCAUCAGGGCUCUGACACAGCCUACUUGAUGCUCUAUGUCAACGACAUCAUCCUGACGGCAUGUACUGCUGGUCUUCUCAGUCAGCUCACGGCUCGUCUUCGUGCUGAGUUCGCCAUCAAGGACUUGGGUCCUUUGCACUACUUCCUCGGUGUCGAGGUGGUGCACCGUCUGGAUGGCUUCUUCCUUUAUCAGCGGAAGUACGCUCACGAGCUCCUGGAGCGCGCCGGCAUGCUUAACUGCAAGCCCGCCGCUACGCCUGUUGAUACGAAGGCCAAGCCUUCUGCCCGGAUGGUUCUCCUGCUCCGGAUGCUGCUUUCUAUCGGUCUAUCAUUGGUGCUCUCCAGUACCUCACUCUGA